ACUGCGAGACCUUCUGCAGAACCCACCCAUGGAAGAUGGCGCCUUCAUUGAGGGCAUCCUGUCCAGGGGGAGGCACCAGCGCCUCCUCGUCUGCGAAAAUGGCACGAUACUGUGUGACAAUGUCAAAGAGGUGGACGCGGCAGGCCUCAAUGGUCUUGGUGAUAUGCACAUAGGGGUCCUCUUCAGGAAUGGCGGUAAGGACAGAGCGCAGCCAGAGGUCCCGUGCCUGCAGGAAGGUAAUGCGCAGCUCGGCCUCAGUGAAGAUGUCCAUGCAGCGCAGGUAGCCAAUGAUGCGCAAACAGGCCGGCAGCUGGAUGUUGGUGCGAAGCUGCUGGAUCAGUUGGGUAAGCAUGAGUUGGCUGGACUGGCGCACCUCUGCCACUAUGCCCUGGGAAGGAGAGGAGAGACCAGAUAAGCUUCUCUUACCCAAACCUCCCCUGUGGCACAGCAGGACCCCAAGACCAGGAGGGCUGGAUGAGCUGACUCCAGGCCUGCAAGGCUAUUUGAUUGUCACCAGGAUCCCCACAGCCUGCUUAUAGGAUUGGCUACAGGUCAGAAGCAGAACAUCUGCGUUGCCUCCAAGAGGUUCCAGAUCUCUGCCACCACCUCCAGUUAAACAGGCCAAGAGGUAGCUGGUGGGAAGACUCUCCAGGCUGUGCGGAGUAUACUUGGAGAGCCUUUGCCAGCCAAAAGAAGCACUCUGUCGGGCUUAGUGAACAAGCAGGUCUGAUCUGGUGUAAAAGAGCUACAUUUUACAUGAACAGUGCGGACUCCGAAGUUUUUGCAAGGCAUAACUGAUCUGUGUUAAGUGGCCUCAAUAAUGCACUCUUGCUUACAGAUGCAAAAAGGGCUUUGCUAGAUCAGAAUGGGGACUGCCUGCCUUGUCUCAGAAAUCUGUGUUUACAAAGAAUCCCACCAACGGGCAGGUUAGGCCUUAGCCAAGAGUCCGUUGGUGGAAUGUGCUCUACUUUCUCCCCAUCCCUGCUUUGGAGGAUGCACUUAAAAGAGAUUGGCGGCCUGUAUUCUGCUUUGUUGAAAUAAAAGAAACAGACCCUCCAACAAAUGCAGAAAUCCUCAAUGCAACAAGCUCACAGCAGCACUUAGGCAAGAACAGAAGAAGCCUCAAAUCUACAGCGAUUCUAGUUUUUACAGCACCUCCUUACAGCUCACAAUGGGCCAGGACAGUGAGCCUUGCUGCCUUUUUCAACAGACCUUUUACUCCAGUCCCAAAACUCUGGGAGCGGAUGGCUGGGAAUGCCCACCACCACCACCACUUCCCAACUGGCUUCAGGCAGUUCUGCAGCCUGCAGGGGACAGAGUGGCACCUGGAUGACUGGGAUAGAGGCGUGCUUCUUCUCCAGGCGGCGGACGUAGGACACCAGCUCCAGGGCCUCCUCGUAGUAGCUGUUGCGGACGCAGGUGUCCAUCAGCUGGGGAAUCUCCAGCACUUCCAGGAUCUCCGUGUGGCGGUUCAGGGUCAGGUUGUUCAUGCGGCGGUUCUGGGCGAUCUGCUCAGCCUCGCGCAUGAAGUUCCUGGAGGCGGAAGGGGAAAAGGAAGCAGGUCAGGCCAGGCAAAGCCAAAGGGAAGCCAGGCAGCCCCCACCCACAGCCAGUGGCAGGGAGUUCCGCAAGUCAACAGUGGAGGGACACUGAUCUGCGGUCCCAGGAGGAUUCCUGCCCCGAAGGCGGCAGCCAAAAUCCCCUCCUGCUCCUCACCGGCAGGCCUCGGCGAAGGGCGGGAGGCGGCCCAAGAGGCGGUCGAGCCCCUGCUCGAUGCCUCCGAAGCCGCGGCGGGUCUCGGCGGUGCACUCGGCGGAGCGGAUGAAGGUCUUGUAGUGGGCGAAGGCCAAGGCCCGCGUCUGUGCCCCGAGCUGCGCCCGCUCUUCCGCCAGCCGGCCGGGCUCCCUCCGCAGCGCCUCCAGGCCCAGCCCCGACAGCGCCGCCAGGUAGGCCGGCAGCUCCGCGUCCCCCGCCGCCAGGGGCGGAGGUGGCGGGGUGGACGCUCCCCGGAAAAGCCAGGCCAGCAGGCUCGCCUCCUCCAGGGCCGCCGAAGUCUCCGGGGCCGCCAUCGGGCCUUCCUCGACGUGGACCAGGAAGUGAUCGCUAUGGCAACCGGGAGGCCGCGCUAGCCAGGAAGCGGCGGCGGCGAGUCCCUCCGUGGCACAUCCGGGUGGCGCUCUGGAUAAGAACUCUGUGGUUCCAGGACGUGUCAUGACCCCUCGGGCCGGAAGGCCAGGCGGCGACGCUCUGGCCUAGAGAUCCUCGUAUUCUAUCGUGACCAUAGACAUCUGCCUAGGGGAAUCCUAGGAGCGUCAGAGACCCGAACUUAGUUCGACGUAGCAACUUCCGCUCCGCAGACUCAGAGCACGCGGGGCACCGGCAUCUAUCCCGGAGCGUGUCGGGCAGGGCGAUGCGGCCGCUCACGGAGGAGGAGACGCGCGCGCUCUUUGAGAAGCUCGCCAGAUAUGUUGGUGAGAACAUCCAGCUCCUACUCGACCGGCCUGAUGGUGCCUACUGCUUCCGCCUGCACAAGGAGCGUGUCUAUUACCUCAGCGAGAGGAUCCUGAAGCUUGCUACAAGCAUCCCCCGGGAGAACCUGGUAUCUCUGGGCACCUGCUUUGGAAAGUUUACCAAGACCCAGAAGUUCCGACUCCACAUCACUGCCCUGGAUUACCUUGCUCCCUAUGCCAAGUAUAAAGUGUGGGUGAAGCCUGGGGCAGAGCAGUCCUUCCUUUAUGGGAACCACAUCCUGAAGUCCGGCCUGGGGCGCAUUACCGAGAGCACUGCCCAGUACCAGGGUGUUGUGGUAUAUUCCAUGGCUGAUGUCCCCCUGGGCUUUGGAGUGGCAGCCAAAUCCACCCAGGAGUGCCGGAAAGUGGACCCCAUAGCAAUCGUGGUGUUUCACCAAGCAGAUAUUGGGGAGUACAUACGGCAUGAGGAGACACUGACUUAAAUGGCAGGGCAGAAGCCCCAAAGACUGACUUCCCACCCUCCUCAGAUAAAAGAUGCCUUGGACUUUCAACCAAUCUGUGCACCUUUUCACUCAGACUAUGGAAGGUGUGCUUAUGUAGGUUGUUAAACUGCCAGCCAAACAGCCCUGUCCAUCCGUCUCCUGAUGGCUCAGCAACAACAAGACUGUACUUGCCUGCGGAUGAGCCAUAAAACGUUGGCAGUUCUGGGGACAGAACUAUAAUUUCUGACACAGUGAAACUAUUUCAUUUUAUUCCUCUAAUUGUCUUGUUCAUCUGGUGUUCAGGGAACUGAUUAGGGUGCAGCCUCUUCUAUUUUCCCCUGUAUUUGGGGGGUUGGUAACCAGGGUGGCGUUUUCCUGGGAUACAGAAAAGAGGCAGUCAGAAGUUCCCUUUUCCUAUCACAUUCACUGCUGCAGAUGCCUUUGCUUUCUGGCUGGCUGUCUCUCUUGGGAAAUGAACAGGGGGAGAAGAAAGAGAUAAACACAAUUCUAUUUGCCGCCAUGUGUUAACAGUGCCCUUAUUAUGCUUCUGGAUCAGUGUAAAAUCUUCUAUAUUUAUGCUGUGGUUGCAGAAAAACAACUCUCAUGUUUUGAGUCAUGUUUAUUUUAA